AUGUGGAAUUUCGGGAUUGCACGACCGGCGACAAAUUUAUGUUUACUGUUGGCGGUAAUACUGACAGCUUUCCUACUAUCGGGAACAACAUCGACAGCGCCCGCCAUAAGUGGCCUGCAUGUCGUCAAGAUAGUACUAAACUCUACGAGGGAGGCAGCUUUCCCUAGCACUUCCGUCUUGGCCGGAACUUCGCUGGUCGAAACCUCAUCAACCGAAAGCUCGUCGUCCAGAUUCUCUCUACCGCCAGCGCUCACUCUUCUAAAGCCCACAACAACCGCAAGUUCUCUAGCAGUACCUACUCUGAGCACUUUCUCUAGGGUACGGAUAUCUACCACUCAGACGUCGCAACCCAGAACGACCAGGGCCCCGAAUGCUCCGAGCGCGGCGAAAGUAACCCAACGAGACUUACAGGUCCAGACCAGCGAGGGCACCACAGUGCUCAUAAGCUAUUUCGGCAUCUGCUCCCGCAACCGCACCAGCUCACUAAAAUGCGUCAAGUCGCGCACCGACCCCAAGAAGCUCGACCCCUCCUCCCUCGAAAUCCUCAGACUCGGCGCCUCAAUCCAGGGCGCGCUCUCCCCAUACCCGCCUAUCAUCGCGCUCACAAUCCAGGGCGUACUCAUGCUCCUCUCUAUCUUCACCGCCUGCAGGCCGGGCGUCACAAACCUUACAACAAAGCUCGGGCAGCUGCUUGCGCUGCUCGCAUUCUCGGCAUUCAGUCUCUCAUUCAUCACCGCGAUCCUAUUCCAGUCCGCGUCCUCGGUCGUCUACGGCACGCUCAGCACGCACCCGACCGUUGUACCAUCCAAGGGUGGGAACGGUAUCGCGCUCGCAUGGGCUGCGGUGCUGUUUGCGGGCCUCGGCAUGGCCGGCGUGGUGCUACUUCUGGCGACGGGAAAUAGCUCGCACCGGCAGGAGAACGGCCGGAUGAAGGACUUUGAGCUCGGCGGGAGCUUGUUUGGUUGUAGGGGACAGUCGAGGGGUAGGGAUGAGGAGGUACGCCCGCCGAUGGUGAUUCAUCAUUCGGUCGGUUCCGGGCCGCACCACGAGUCGAGGGCCGGUACGCCGCAGCAGCGGGAUAGGCUCGGGAGGUAUGAGAGGGAGAACUAUAUCUAG